AUGGUUUCACCCACCCCCGUUUCCAGCAACCUCAGCCUUACCAAAUUUCCUCACUCACCAUCGACGCGCUCAAGACGGGAGAGAUCCCACACUCACAGGUCGCCCUGCUUCAAGGAGGCAACACGCAAGUGCUGUACGAGAGAGAUUUCAAGGGAUGCAGCGGUCUGGAGGAGUGCAGCCCACUACGGCCUGGUACUUCCUUACGGGUCGGGGUUGACAGAAGAGCUGCAAGCGGCGACGCUGCAGCUGAGGGAGGACGGCACCCUGAGCGACAUCGAGGAAACCUACCUCGACCCCUCCGCCGUGUGCGUCCCCGUCACCACCAGCGAGGAAGAGUCGUCCAACAUGACAGUCUCGGACGUCUCCGGAGUCUUCUUCGUGCUGGGGUUUUUCGUCAUCGCGGCCACGGUCUCCUGGUGCUUCCGCCGGUCCCCCUGGGCGAAGAGGGCGAAGGAGCGGCGGCGGCUCGAGAAAGGCGGCGCCGCCGAGCAGUCCGUCAUGGACAGCUAUGCGAAGAUGUCGAGGGGGCAGCAGAAGGCCUUCGCCAUGCAGGCCACCGUCAACCUCUUGCAGCAUUCGAGGGAGCUGAGCGCGUCGUCAAAGACGCUCAUGGAGGGCAUCAGCGAAGGAGCAAAGAAGGUUCCUGACGCAGCAGGGGGAGCGGCAGCAGCGCCGCCAAACCCAGCGACAGGAGACGCCGGGGGAGGACGAGAAGGCGGUGGUCGACGGGCAGCGCCGGGGGAGGCGGAGUUCCGGCGGGAGAUGGCUGAGGGGCGUCCGGUCGUUGGAAUCGGCGGCGGCAUGGGCGACAGCGACCAGGGCUUCACGCGACGGGCCCCCUCGCUGAGCGGCUUGUUGAGCAGGCUCCCGGGGAGACGCGGCGGCGGCGGCGCGGGGGGGGACGGGGGUAACCCUACCCCUAGAGGACCGGUGGCCGGGUCGCGUGGCGGUGUCGCGGACCUACAGCCUGUCGAGUCCGCUGGCGAGGUGUGGAGUAACAUGGCUCGUAGCUUGUAGCAGGCCACGAUCGGGUCGACCUUGGCGGCAGUCAGAGCCGCUGUCGACCAGCUAGGCACAGCCAGCAGCAUGUUCCACCGCACCUUGCCGUGCCGUGCCGUGCUGUGCCGUGCCACGCCAUACCGCACCGCACCGUACCACGCUAUACCGUACCGUGCCUCAACCGUACCGUAUCGUGCCGUGUCUAUCUGUGCCAACUGUGCCGUGCCGUGCCACGCCGUGCCAUGCGUGCACCUAUGAGAGAGGAGCUACGUGGUCUCAACCUAAAGCGUUUUAGAUUGUGGACAUGGACUAGUAUUACCCUUGAAACACUGGCUUUGUUUUCCCCAUACAUGUUGUUUCGUUUUACUUUUACAGGUGGCCCUUGUGCCGCCUUGUAUUUUUCGGGGUGGAAAGUAGGCUGUGCCGUGAUAAGAUCGGAGGUGUUGUGUCUCGUGUGUGCAAUCGUUUUGCACCCACGGCGAGAUUCAAUUCGGUGUGGCGAAGACCUUGGUUGUAGUCGGCUUGACGGGAUGGUCGGCGGCAUUAUUAGUAGUAUCGCUGCUGCCGCUACAGGAGGCCGCACGCUACGCCACGUCAGUCGCCCACGCGACGAGCAUGGGAGAGUUAGGGUGUGUCUCCAUUUGUCUCGCGUUUUUUUUAUGAUUUUACGUUGUUGGUGUUUCGCGGUUGGUCACGUCGGAGAAAACAACCAACCCUGGUGUGUGUAGGAUUGCCGCAUCUAGUCAGUCCGAGUCAUCGCACACACACCCUAGGCUUCGUUUUGCAUUUUGGCAGCUUGGUCGCCGUGAAGCCUAAAGACGGCGCGAGGACGAAAAACGGCCGGUACGUGCAAGGAAAGGCUCUCGACGAGAUUUAUCCAACUCCGACCUUUUCGGUACCGUUCGCCUCUUGGCUGUGCAUCAUUGGAGCCCCGAAAGUCAGUCUCGGGCGUGUGCGAUAUCUCUCGUGCUCCUUUGAGUUUAAAGUCGUGCGCUGCUUGUUGGUUAGUUAGAUCUCGGGAUGGAUUCAGUUUUGUCGGCGAAACCAUCACGGUUUUACUACUGAUCUAACUAGGCGGGGUAAGUUUUUUGUAAUAUUAGUGAUUCAGUCCCGGAAAGACCGUGUCUUGUUUAUUUCGAGCUUUUACGCUGCGGUUUUAUCACGUGUGGAAUCAGCUACUUUAUUU